AUGCACGAUAUUCCAGAGUUUGAGCUUGAUCAAGUUGCUCGCAGCUAUGGUCCCAGAGCGAAGAUCGCAUUGCAUGGGUCAGCACCAUAUGCCCUCUCGCUAGACAACCUUCGAGAUCUCUCCUGCACCAAGCUCAGUCCGAUCGAUACCGAUAUCCCACUAUCUUAUGCCCCAUCCCUCGGAUCGGUCGAGCUGCGCAAACGUCUUGCAGAGAUCUAUUCAACCGACGAAGCGCCAUUGACUGAGAACAAUGUGAUCAUCACGCCUGGGUCGAUCAUGGCCAACUAUCUUGUGCUGAGCACAACAUGCACCAAAGGCGACCAUGUAAUCUGCCAAUUCCCGAACUACGGCCCUUUGUACCUCUUGCCCAAGUAUUUCGGCGCUGAGGUGGACUUUUGGGUUGGGAAAGAAGAGAGAUCGUGGAAUCCUGAUAUUGAAGAGCUCAAAGCACUCAUCAAGCCGAAUACUAAAGCCAUUAUCCUAACAAAUCCGUGCAACCCGACAGGAACGGUUCUCUCUCAAGAGAUACUGGAGCAGAUCCGAGAUUUGGCCAAGAGGCAUAACAUCACAAUCUUCGGUGACGAAGUCUUCCGUCCCCUCUUUCACGACGACACUCCAACUCCGCCAUCUCUUAUUUCGCUGGGGUACAGCAACACCAUCUCCACUGGGUCCGUAUCCAAGGCCUACUCACUCCCGGGUAUCCGUAUCGGUUGGAUAAUCUCACCAAACACAGAUAUCCUACAACGUAUCAUCGCAGCUCGAGACUACACAACUCUCAACGUUUCACGCAUCGACGAUGCCAUCGCUUUAUUCGCCUUAUCUCCCGACGUCCUUCCCAAGAUCGUUGCACAGAUUCUGGCAACUCAAUCAAAGAACAUAGAGCAGUAUGAUCAGUUUGUAACAAGAAAUCCGGACCGAUGCAGAUGGCUAGUGCUGGUUUUAGUGAGGAGGGAGUUGCUGAUUACAAGGGCUAUCUCCGUCUAA